CCCCCCACCCCCGCCCGGGUCCGCUGCUCGCCCUUCCCUUGGCACGGUAGUGGGGCUCGAGAAAGCCGAGCCGCGAGUGGCGGGAGUAAGAAGAGGGAGUGCGGAGCCUGGUUCUGGAGCGGUGGGAGCCGGUGGGAGACCGGCGUGGAGGGCUGGAGGUGGCGGGGCCCCGCGAGGACGCGAUGAAGCCAAGCCUCGAGGACCCGGCGGCGUCCGCCGGGGGCCCCUGGGAAGAGUGCUUCGAGUUGGCCGUGCAGCUGGCGCUGCGGGCGGGACAGAUCAUCAGAAAAGCCCUUUCUGAGGAAAAGCAGGUCUCAACAAAAACAUCCGCUGCAGAUCUGGUGACAGAAACGGACCAGCUUGUGGAAGACUUAAUUAUUUCUGAGAUGCAGAAGAGGUUUCCUUCGCACAGGUUCAUUGCUGAAGAGGCCGCGGCUGCAGGGGCCAAGUGCGUGCUCACCCCCAGCCCCACCUGGAUUAUCGACCCCAUUGACGGCACCUGCAACUUUGUGCACAGAUUCCCAACCGUGGCCGUCAGCAUCGGAUUUGCUGUGAACCAAGAGCUUGAGUUUGGAGUGAUUUACCACUGCACAGAGGAGCGGCUGUACACGGGCCGGAGGGGCCGGGGCGCCUUCUGCAAUGGCCAGCGGCUGCAGGUCUCCGGGGAGACAGAUCUUUCCAAGGCCUUGGUUCUAACAGAAAUCGGUCCCAAGCGUGACCCCGCUACUCUGAAACUGUUCCUGAGCAACAUGGAGAGGCUACUCCACGCCAAGGCUCACGGGGUCCGAGUGAUCGGGAGCUCCACCCUGGCGCUCUGCCUCCUGGCCUCGGGGGCUGCGGACGCCUAUUACCAGUUUGGCCUGCACUGCUGGGACCUGGCCGCCGCCACUGUCAUCAUCAGAGAAGCAGGAGGCAUCGUGAUGGACACGUCAGGCGGACCUCUCGACCUCAUGUCCUGCAGAGUGGUUGCUGCGGGCACCCGAGAAAUGGCUACGCUCAUAGCUCAGGCCUUACAAACAAUUAACUAUGGACGGGACGAUGAGAAGUGAAAGGGAGCAGAGACGAGAAAUGCGCCCUCGGGACUGGCUCUUCCUGGGAAUGCUGCGGCCGGCAGCCGACCCCUGGGGGGACCGCCUUGAGCAGCCCGCACUCCAUCAAGUUCCUGCGCUCCUAACCACCCAAAGAGAAGUGUUCUGCUAACGUGUGUGGCUCUCUGGUUAAAUCCACGUCUUUCACUGGGAUUUGGUGUUUAGCUGGUUUCUUUCUUUAAUCUCAUGUCACCUUUUUCAGGUUAGUACAGGCCCUUCUAUCAGGGCCAAAACCCAAAUCUCAUGAUAUACAUAUUGAUAAUUCAGCCUUGAUUCUCCCCCCACCCAACCCCCCGAAUGCAAAUCUCAGGUGAUAUGGCUUUAGAACUGCUGAUACAGCGGACUAGUUCUCAGGCCCCCCCUCCCCAUGGUACUUCAGAAUGCAAUAAAUCCAAAUAAUGGCACUCUACUUAUCUGCUUCCCUUCAUAACUGUCGCCUAUUCCCCAAUCAGCACACAAAAUCCACAGCGGUAGGUGCCUUUAAGACUCUACUUGAUGACUAUUGGGAGAAUAAUCCCAAGUGUCAGAAGUAUUCUCCUUAGCCAGGGUCCCCAUGAAUGCACCGGAUGAGGUGUCAACCUGUUUUAGCCAAGUAGCUUGCUUGUUAAUACCUUAUAAUUGAGUUUCUGCAGUGCCAGGCGUGUUGAUCCAGGUUGACUCCUUGUUCAGCCAACAAGUAACCUAGUGCCUUUCUAUCAUCUAAAACCACCUUCACAGGAGAGCCGGGGGCUUCUGUUGUGCAGCUGUGGCUUUAGCAGUGGACUCAGAAGUGGUUGCCAGAGUUAAGGAUAAGUUUCUGAUCGCGUAUUUGUUUGGACUAACUCCAAGCCAAGGAAGAAGGGACCGUCCAAAUGUCACCUAUCUGCUGGUAAACUUAAACUCCUGCUGGUCGUGUGAAUUCAGGGAGGGGACCCCUGUCCAGUCUGAGGGAUUGUGAAGGGACAGCGGAACAGUAAAUACAGCAGGAGCACAUUGUUCUUUCAUCCUCCGCUGUCAAGACAAUGAGUUGCCCAAGCAUAGAGGCCUUUGACAAAACCUCCACAUGGAAAGGCGUAGCCAGAAGUGUUCCUCGGGCUCCCUCGUAAAUGUUACCAUUUAUGGACCCAUUGGUUGGUGCAGAGGUGUUAGCAUCGUUCAACAAACAGUCAAAGACUGCAUUAUUACACAUUGAAAGACCACCUAAAGGUGUGGGGCUGACACAAGCCUAUGAAUGCUCUGCAGUGUCAUAGAUAUUUACCCUGGCUACUCUGGAUAUAUAUGGAUCUCGUUUUCCCACCCCAGGGUUGGGUUAAAUUGAGGCAAGGAAGAGGGGUAUGUGGGUUUAGUGUUUUUAUAAAAGGGGCUCAUGAACAAUUUAGGCAUACAGCGGCAUUUGGGAUUCCAGUGAAAUUAUUUUUAGGAUGAGUGAGGGGUCUCUUCCUUCAUGUUCUUUCUGGUUUAACGUGACAAAUCCUAUAAUUAGUUAAGCUUCCUGCAGCAGCUAUUAUUUGUGAAAUCUUAAUUAUAGUCUUGUUUUCCAUGUAGUAUUAGAAAGAAAAGGCAGAUAGCAAAUAGUCAGGAGGGAUAAAGGGUUCCUAUUGGAGAGGAAAAUGUUGAUCCGUGAUCUUGGAAGAACAGUCUGCUUCAGGAUAUCAUCUGCUUCAGGGAGGAACCUCACUGGUCAAUUUUAACUUUAGAUCUCGGGCUGGUAUGCAGUUCAAGAGUCUGGAGGAGCUUUUUUCAGCUAACAUCUGUGGCCCAAGGUUCAAUCCCUGAAGUUUGGCUGCUAUCUGGGUAGUGAAGAGAACCUGGUCUUUGUUCCUUCCAACGAGAUUCAAGGGCAGUCUUUUUUUUUAAAAUAUAUUUUUAUAGAUUCAGAGAGGAAGGGAGAGGGAGAGAGAGAGAACCAUGGAUCAGCUGCCUCCUGCAUGCCCCACACUGAGGAUCAAGCCCGCAACCUGGGCAUGUGCCCUGACCGGAAUCGAACCUGUGACCUCCUGGUUCAUAGGUCGACGCUCAACCACUGAGCCAUGCUGCCCAGGCAAAGGGCAGUCUUUCUUAGGUGCUAUUUCCAGAAGACCCACUCUCCCGGUUCUAAGUUGUGGAAGGUUCAACCUUCUGUAGGAGGGUCAUGGAAAGCUUCCUUUACCUGAUGGAAAGACACUUUGGCAUAAUGCAUUAAAGCUUUAAAUAUUGAGUCAUAUCAGAAUUUAUGAGUGCAAUAAGCACAUAUGGUUCUUUCAAAGGUAUCGGUCUUCCUGUUACUAUUUUAUAAGGUGAUAAUUUAUACUUUCCCAUAGGUGUUGAUCUAAUUGCCAUCAAAAACCAGUGGUAGCAGUUUUGGCCAGGGCAGUCCAGUUGAUUCUGUUAACCUAGCUAGCUUUAGUUUUUCAUUGCCAUUUGUCUGCUCGACAUUACCAGGUGACUGAGGAUGGACGGUAAGGAUGAUGAUAAUGCCAUUGUGUCAGCAGCACCUUAUUUAAUUGUUUAGUUAUUUAUCUGGUGAAAUGAGUUCCCCUAUCACUGGAGAUUUCUCUGGAGAUAUCCCAUAAAGGAAAUAUUUUCUAAAAGUUUCUCAACCGUGGUUGUGGUGUCAGCCUUUCUGCAUGGGACGGCUUCAGUCCUUCCUGAGAACAUAUUGAUAACCCAUUGCAGAGGCAAUUAAAUGAAACCCAUUUUUUAGUAUUCAGAUAGCCCAGUAGGUGGUGGGAAUGCUCUAUAUAAUACCUUAAUGGUCUUUCUAUUAAUAGUCUUUCCAUUAUGAGUUUGACAAAUCAGAUAUUGGUCAUAAACCAAUUUUGCAACCUUGGAGCAGUCACUCUACCAAUAUUUUUCAUAAUUUGGGUCAUUUUAUCUGUGCCAUGAUGAGUUGCAGAAUAUAGAGCUUUUAUUCAUGGCAUUUUCAAGGACUCGGCAAGAACCGGGGGGGCUACCUGGGCCCUCAGUGAGUCUUCAUUUAAUAUUAAAUUUGCACUCUUGUUGGUGCUAACACUGUUCCAGCCCAGGGGCCUGAUUUUGUUUUUUAUAUAAAUUAUAAAUAGUUUGGCUAGAAUCAAUCUUACGGAAUUCAUUCAAGUUCAUAUUGGGACCAUCUUAGUGCUGGCUGAUUUACCAGGGAAGUCUGCUAAAGCAUUUCCUUGAUACUCAGGUUCUAUUCGCUUCAGUUUUAAUGAUUACAGUUCACUUAGGUGAUAGAAUGUCAGAGAACAAUUCCUUUACUUGGAAUCCAUUGAUGAUUGGAUUUCCAGUAGAAGUGAGGAACUCUUUCUGUUUCUAUAACAUAUCAAAGGCAUAUGUGCUAUUAGUAUAAAAGUUUACUGAUUUCCCUGGGGAUAGCUGACAAGCCUGAGCAAGAGAGCAUGUAGUUCUGGUUGAGUAGACUUCAGUUGGGGAAAGAUUCUGAUAGUUCAUAUGAAGUUGUCACAGCACAACCUGCUUGAUACUUCCCUUCUACAUUCUCGGCAUAGGCCCCACCAACAGAGCGUAUCCAACCUGGGUGUUCUAACGGUGUGGCCUGUGAGUGCGAGGGAUCAACCACUGUGACACCACACCUGUACAGUCAUAACGAUCUAUGCCAUCGUCAGGCGCGGGUAGUACGGUCACAGGGUUGAGCAAGUGGCAGUACUUAACGUGGAGGUUAAAGAUGAAAGGAGAAGGAUCUCAGAAGACGUUAGUUUACUUGCUGAAAAAUGUCAAGUCUAAUCAGAGUUUAAUAGACUCUCAAUAGCAUGAGGUACGUGUAAGUACAAGUCAUAGUCAACACCCACCUGAAUGCCCACCGACUGCUGCAGAAGAAAGCACUGGCUGCAGGGACAACACCCGAUUCGAACGAUUCCAACGCAAGCUUCCUCCUGCCCGGCCUCAGGUGCCGCCCUGGACACCGCGGGUGCCACCCUCCCAAGGUCGUUGAGGGGACUCGGUGUAUGUGAGAGCCGACUGCCCGUGAUGCUCCGUGUGCACCAGCUCACCCCCAGCUUCCAAAACUGUCAGAGCUGCCCUCGGACGACUUUAAAGCAGGAUCACGUGCGUGCCCAGCAGCAAGUCAUGGCUCCAAGUGCAGGGCACGUUCAGUUCGCUUUGUUAAAUGGGUGCUCAGCAGCUGCUUAAUGAAUAGAGCUGUUUGGACCGGCUAAAGAUUAGAUGCAUUUUUUCUGAAUUCUGUUUAUGUGAAAAUAUGACAUUAAAAGAAUAUUUCGUUUCCCCAUUAGUCCCAGCAGGCUGGUACCUACUCCCCCUCAGUCUUUGUCACUAGAAAGUGCUCCAGCUCCAGCAGCCCCACUUCUAGAGCUCUGAAUGGGGCAGCAUUCUGCCUAAAAGAAUAACCAGCAAUUUGGUGACACCUGAACAUAAAUGUUUAUACUCUCAUUUAAGAAAUAUAUACAUUGCCAGGCCAGUGUGGCUCAGUGUUGAGCACCAACCUAUGAACCAGAAGGUAACAGUUUGAUCCCCAGUGGGCAGGAGGCCGCCAAUCAAUGAUUUUCUCUCAUCAUUGGUGUUUCUAUCUCUCUCACUGAAAUUAAGCAAAAUAUAUUUUAAAAUCCAUGCCAUUUAUUUUUAAAGUGCCAUUAAACAAAAUUUAUACAGACAAAGCAAUAAAAUGACAAAUUGAGCUAUUUCCAGCGAUGAAAGAAAACCCAGUCUCCUCGAAGAUGACAGUGACUGGCCUUUGGAACUUGUCAGUAGCUUGGAAAGACCAUGAGGACAGAGUGCUGGGGAGGGUUGGGGUUUCCUCCAGGGUUCCCGGUCAGAUACUGGGCAAGCUCUAUUUCUUCAAAGACAAAACUGUUACAGAAUGUGAUGAGACAGGGUGCCCUCUAGAGUGGACUUAUGGAAGCGUGCACACAUCCAGGGUAAGUUAAAAACAAAAGGCAUUUAUCUCACGGCUGGAAAACACUCGCCCCUUUCUCUCCCUGCCAGGAACUGUGGUGAGGCACCGCACUGCUUAGGUUUGCAGACGAGGAACAGAAUCUGGAAAGAGCCCAGACAGCUCCAUGUCCUUAAAUGAUCUGCCCAAGACCGUAUGGCUACUUACUUACAGCCAGGACUUGAACACACAACUAGAAUUCUGACCCUGUCCCGUGUGUGCCCCAGACUUCUGUACAACUUCCCUUGAAUCUUUAAACAUUAAAAAGUUAUGCCCAGUAAUCCACAUCCAUGCUUUCUUUUUCACCUGAGGAUAUGCUCUUUAUUGAUUUUAGAGAGAGAAAGAGACAUCAAUUGAUUGCCUCCCGACCGGGAGCAAACCCAAAACCUUCCCAUGCAGGGGACAAUGUUCCAACCAGCAGAGCCACACCGGCUAGGGGUCCAGUGUUUUCCAAGUUGCAAAUGUAUGCCUAAAAGAUAUCAAUUUAUGUUCAAGAUGACAUAAAUCUUAAAUUUUGGCAUUGCUUUUCUUUAAGCUUCUAUUUUUUCCUUCCUAUAUUGUAGGGUACACAGAAGGCUCUCUUUCACUUCAUUUUAGUGGUAUCUUCAUAUCAGAAGUAGGUUCUCUUAAGGCCUUUGGGGAAGCCAUGUAAUGAUUUUUUGGUUAAAUUUGAGAUGUAAAUUGGAGUUACACUUCUAGAAACUAACAUGUACAAUUUUGUGAUGGUAAAGAGUAUUGUCAGUGAAGUAGUUCAAGGACAGGGACCAUGGCUUUUAUCUUUCCAUCUUCCCAGAAUACGAGGAAAAAAUCUCAAUUCAACUCAAGUCAACAUGCUAAUAAUCUUUUAUUUGAUACAUCCCAAAACAUCACUUACUAGCUGUGUGAGGCCUGGGGUGGGAUCCUUGUAUUCUCUGUGCCUCAGUCUCAUCAUUCUUAAAAUAGGGAACAAUAAUACCUACUCCUGGGGUAAGGAGUAAAGGAGA